CAAAAACCAAACAAAACCAAAAACGUCAGGACAACAAUAAUAACCCCCCCCCCAAAAAAAUUCUCUGCCCUCUCUCCUUUAGGACUGGGAGGCCAGUCACCCUUCUCCCCUCCCACACUACAAAUGAUGAACUCUCCCAAGUUUCUCUGAAGGACUUGAUCGACUCUUCCUCAAGCCUUUCUUGCGGCCCUGCUCUCUGCCUUGGCUUUUCCUUUCCCAGCCCUCACCUUGCUUUUGUCUGUCAUGGCCAGGUUUCUAGGCUGACUUUUGGGCCGAGCAAACUCUCUGGUUCCCUGCCUCCAUUGUUGCUAGGCACCAGCUCCAGGAUGCCCAUAGGCCCCGCCCAUUUGGCCACGCCUCCAAGAGUCUCUAGAAACUUAGCAGGGCAAGCCAAGCCUAAAUCAAGGAAAGAACCUAUGGGCAGUGCACGCCGAGGCGGGUCAGAGUAGAAACAUAACGAGGUACCAGCCCUUGAGCAAAGGCUGAGCCAUACAGGGUGACACGACACGGAAGAAUGCGCCCAGACACUCGCCGGAGUCCGCCACCCGCCUACUUCCGCCCCGCAGAGACAAGGCGGAUGCCGAACCGGGCCUGGAUUGGGCGUCGCUGGACAUGUGGAGAUGCCAUUGGCUUAGGGAUGCCUGACGUCAGGGGGCGGGGUCCUGGCCGUGAAUGGGAGCUGGGGUCCGCAUGUUGAAGUCCGGCCUUUUUUGCCCUGGGAUGCGGCGGAGUUGGACCUUGAGCCGGCAGGUUUCUGAGGCUCGGUUCCCCGGGAAGCGGUGGCUGGUGGCUGGCCUGGGGAACCCCGGAAUGCCUGGCACUCGGCACAGCGUGGGCAUGGCAGUGCUGGGGCAAAUAGCACAGCGACUGGGAGUGGCAGAGAACUGGGCUCGUGACUCGCGCUGCGCUGCUGACCUCGCCCUGGCCCCAUUCGGGGAUGCUCAGCUGGUACUGCUCCGGCCAAGGCGCCUCAUGAACGUCAAUGGGCGCAGCGUAGCCAAAGCUGCGGAGCUGUUUGGGCUGAGUGCGGAGGAGAUCUACCUGGUGCAUGACGAACUGGACAAACCCUUGGGAAAGCUGGCUCUGAAGCUGGGGGGCAGCGCAAGGGGCCAUAAUGGAGUCCGUUCCUGCAUUAGCUGUCUGAACUCCAAUGCAAUGCCAAGGCUGCUGGUGGGCAUCGGGCGCCCCACACACCCUAAUAUGGUGGAGACCCAUGUUCUGGGCUGCUUCUCCCCAGAGGAGCAGGAACUACUGUCCCCAUUGAUGGAUCAGGCCACUGACCUGCUCCUGGACCACAUCCGUGCUCGAAGCCAGGGACCACUGUCAGGCCUCUAAUACCAGUGGAUAUAUCUACCUGUUUGCUUGCCUGCCGGUGCCUGCCUGCUGGUGCCUGCCUGCCGGUGCCCUGAAGCCCAGACAGGACCACAGAACUGCAAUGACACAUGUGAUACCCAAUGUUUAUGGAACUUCUCUGGGUUGUCCCAGGCCACUUGCAGAUUCAGGGAGGGACAGGGGCCACAUCAGGCUUUCUGCAGCGACUUGGUCUCGCCGUGUGUAGGAAAGGUCUAGGAAGGGUAAACUUUUUGAACCUUUUGAGAGCUCCAGAUGGGUAGAUCUGUAAGAUUAAAAGAUACUGGCUUGAAAUCGGAGGCUUUCUGAGGGAAUCGGGGCCAGUGGGGUAGGAACAAGAGGGUCUGGCAAACCGUAUUCCUAGGUAUUAGCCUUUUUCCAUCGGGAUAUCUUAUAGGGGGGAGGAUCAAAGAGACUCUUCCAUAUCCCUGAGGUCACCCAACUAUUGCCUGGCAGAACCAGGGACAGCUGUCCCUAGGGGCCCUGGGACCCCUACCUCAGUAGUGUUCUGUAACUUGCAGAUCCCCAUUCGGGUGACACAAGAGAGAGGCCUGAGGUCCUGGGGUUUGGGUGGGAUGUGGACCUGAAGACGCCGAGGCACCAGCCCGAGAUCCCCUGGCUGGUAAGUUGUGAUGGUCGAGAGUUGCUGAAGCAGAGAGGCAGCCCCUUGCUUGGCUGUCUGGGCGAUGAGUCGGCUGUGGAGAGGGGACCAGGGUCAUCCCCUCCAUCUCCACAAGAGGAGGCUGAGGCUCAGAAAAAGAGUGGAGAGCCAGGGUCUGCUGAGACCCCUCCCCACACACAUACGCACAGGGCUAUCUGCUCACCUGUCUUUGGAUAGGCCCGGGGGCUGUUUGUCCUGGUGGGAGCCCAUGUCCUGCUGUGGUUUCGAAACCACAGCUGAGCUGAGCAAAACCAGCAGUUGCUGCAGCAGCUCCUUGCGCUGCAGUUGGAACACCACGUCGAAGUCACCAUCUUCUGUCUCUGGUCGCAUCUGUCGGUGUGACACGAGGCGGGUUCAAUAACCACAGGGGCCCAGAUACCCACCUGCCUCCCAGUGUGAGAUUCUCCAGUGCCCAGUGCCUGCUUCCUCAGUGCCCCUGGUUUGUGCUGGGACUGGGAAGACUUGGAGCUCUCCGGAGCCCUAGAAGAGAAAUUCCACUCUCUGGAAGUUUGAAAGGAAUCUUUCCUUUCUCCUGUUCCUCCCUCUGCCUGCCACUGCCUUCCAGGGAUUAAAGGUGUGCACUGUCACACCUUUUUUACUUUAUAAGACACUUGAUUUGCCCAGGCUGGCCUUGAACUCAUUCUGUAACCCCAAUCAGGUCUCGAAUUCGGAAUCCUCCUGCUUCUGCCUCUUCAGUCCCUGGUAGGAUUAGACCCAACUCUUUUAGAUCCAGAAUGAGAAAAGGGUCUAACUGUGAGUCUCUCUGUGCUUGGCUCUAGUGGCCUCUUGGUAUCUCCCACUGCCUGCUUGCCUGUAGAAUGUCCCGCAGUAGGGAGGUGGCCUGGGUCAGCACUGUUUUAAGGUUUGUCCGAAUUUUCUGUUCCUUGGUCAGCUCCUCUUGUAGCCGAUUUGCCUCUGCCCGCUGCUCCUUCAGCUGCUCGUCCAGCUGGUCUUUCUCACUCCUGGUCCAGGACAAGACAGCACACAGCUUGCCCCAUCGUCGGGCUUGGAGGUGUGCACCACCUCUUCCCUGGGCCUCGCCUUUCCUCUGCAGCCUAUCUAAAUCCAGGCUUCAAGUUGUCUGCCAGUCCGAACCCUGAGGCUCACCGCAGGGUCUGGUUGGCCUUCUCCAGAGUCUCGAUGUUCUGCUCCAGCUGGAACACCUGGAGGCGCAGUUGCUCGGCCUCCUCUGUGCCCUUUCUCUGCUGGCGGCACUUCUCUGUCAGCAUGAGGAUAACCUACAGCAGCGGGCAGGCGUCACAGACCCCUCGUGGGCCCCAGCCCACCGCAGCUCCCUUUUGAAGAUACAGCUUAGGACUUGUUCCCACUUACAGGCAGGCCAGCGCCACCUCUAGACAACAGCUAGGCAGGAACUGGGCUCUGCUCAGUGAUGGGGCAAACAGACUCCAGAGCUAGGGCCAGCACCCCAGUGAGGAAAGUCUGGGGCCUCCCUGCAGACUAUCCCCACUCGUGACUUGGUUCUGGCAUGGGGUCCACCCUCAUUUCACAGGAGGACAGCACAGCGGCCGUACCUUCUGAUUCCCUAUGUUCUUUCUGGCCAUGAUCUCCUGGGUGUUCUCCAGCAACUCCAGCUGUUGGCACAGCUUGCCCUGAGCGCCCUUGAGUUGCUCGUUCUCCUGCAGCAGCUGCACACCUUGCUUUGACACCUUGGACAGCUGCAGGGUCACGCUGUUGUUCUCUAGGAUGGCCCGCCUGGUCGUGUCCCACAUCUGGUUGGUGGCCACCUUUCGGAACUCGGUGGCCACCAGGUUCACGCGCUGGAUGAUCUCUUUCCUCAGCCUUGCCAGGAGGGUGAGUUUGGGAGUCAAGUAGGUGGGUGUAAGUCUUGGUUACCCCCUUUUUGGGGGGUCCCAGGGUACCCAGGCUCUUCCCCCAAAGAAUCUCUGGGCCUUUGGAAUUUGAACCAUUGAAACAUUCUUACCUAGUAGAAGAAACACCAUAACGAGAAGUGACAAGAGGGCAAGGAGUGUCCAGUGCCAGCCUGGGUACUUUGAUCCCCACCCCCAUAGGUCCCAAGCAGGGUUCUUGGGGAUAGAGGCUGGGGAGUCCAUGGUUCCCUUCUGGAAAGCUGACUGUGAGCUGAGGGGUGCUGUCUGGCCCCAGCAGGUCCCCAGCCUGCUUACCUGUCCUUGUCCAGCACAGACUUCUUCUCCAGGUUGUACACGUAGUCCUUGUAUUCACCCUCCUGCCUUCGAAGCUGUUCCUCCAGCGCCAUGUACUUCUCUGUGAGCUCUUCUUUCUGCAGCCGGAAUUCCUCCAGGGAACUCAGCCUGAUUCCUGCCCAUUCGGGGCCACAAGGCUGGUGAGCUGCCCCCAGGGGCCUUGACUGACACUCCUCUGAGGUCCCAACUUUAUCUUCCCUCUCCACCUUCCCCAAUAGGACUGGCCUGCACAGCCAUCCCCUGCGUUUCUCCGGAGUGCCUGACCUCACACUCUAUAAUCUCACCAAACCUCGUUCAGAUCCUCCUCAAGAAGUCCCCCUUGACAACCUCCCCACAUGAGAGUGACCAUGACGACAGCAGCUGACCCUGGGCAGACAAGUCUCAACCUCCCCUUUCAGAUGGGCGGCAUAGAUAAAAAUCCUCCAUCUUUUAGAAUGGUUUCCUCAUCUAUAAACUUGGGAAUGCGUGGACAGUUAAGGCGGAUGGCGUCUGAAGUGGCGUACAGCUGCUAUCACACAAGGUAGCCAUGGCGUCCCUGAUACCCAGGUGAGACCCGGCCACAACCAGUGACAGCUGUGGAUUUGGGCCUUGCUGCCUUUAAUGGCAACUUCUCACAGGUGUGCUGACGGGCCCCUUGGCCCCCUCACCGAGGGCGAUGUUCUCUGUGGUGAGCUGGUCCUUGGUUUCCUGGAAUUCGUGGCGCACCUGGGCCAGCUGGGCCUCGAAAGCAUCCUUCUCCAUCUCCUUGGCCACUUGUAGGGUCUGCAGCUGGUCAUUCAGGUCCGUGAUCUCGUCCACCCUCUGGUUCAGUGUGCGCUUGAGGAAGGCCACGAUCUCCUUCUUGUUGUUGGCCAGCUGCUCGAACUCCUGACGGAACAGCUUCUCCUGCACAGCCAGUUCAUCCCAUUUCCGCUGAUACCUGGGAGUGUGGGGGGAGGGCAGAGAUGCAGGGUCAAGCCAGGGCAGGCCUGGCUACCAGUGCCUCUGGGCCUGCUCUCCCAGGCCAUCCUUCCGCAAAGAGCCAUCUGAAGUUUCCCAUAGUCUCAAUCUCCCAUUAUGCUUCACGCCUGGAGGCCUUAACCUCAGCCUGUGCUCAGCACUGACACUGUCUUUGUUUUAAAGGGGUGUGUGUGUGUGUGUGUGUGUGUGUGUGUGUGUGUGUGUGUAAGCCUGAGCUCAAUCUAAAGCGGAACAGCUUGGCUAGGCUGGGUAGCUGGUGGGUUUCAGAGAGCCCCUCCCAUCACGGCCAGGGUUAAAGGACACAGGACACUGCUAUUGCCUGGCUGUUUUCAAGGUUCUAGGAUCUGAGUUCUAGCCUUCCUGCUUGCUUGUCAGAACUCUACUGAGUCCUCUCCCUAGCCAGCAUUUUACAUUCCUUCUUAAAUUUUUGUUGUUUUGAGACCGGGUCUCACUAUAUAGCCUUGGCUAUCUUGGAACUCGCUGUGUAGACCAACCAAGCUGCCCCACGCCCUGUGCGCCCCCGACUCUGCCUCCUGAGUGUUGGGAUGAAAGGUGUGAACCUGUGUGGUCACCUCAUUCAGAUGUGAGUCACAUGGGGGCUGAGUCUACACUGUGCUCACAGUGGUAACAUGUUCACACCUGUUUCCGGUUUGUUUGGAAGUUUGCAUUUUCUGUGACCCCCAGUAACACAGACAAGGAAACUGAGGCUCAGAGAGAUGAAGAAACUAGAAACUGACAAGACCAGAACUUGAACCAGAACUGAGGUUCUUACCCACAAUGCCUGUCUUUACCGUCAGCCCUCUCAGCUGGCCGAGCUGUUUGCACCCUUACCUCUGCAUGUCAGGACCUAGCAGUUUGGCAAACAUUAAAUACUCAGUAACUAUGUGUUAAA